AUGCCACGCUACGGGCCAGCCCUGAGCGCGGCGGGCAGCGCCGCUUUCCGCUCAGGGGCUGCCCCGUGUUUCCGCAGGCCCGUGAUGCACAGGAACGUGCGCUACAACUGCCGGGUGAUCUUCUUAAACAAAAAAAUUCUUCUGAUCAGACCAAAAAUAACAUUGGCAAAUGCAGGAAACUACAGAGAACUUCGCUGGUUUACCCCGUGGAGCAAACCAAGGCAUGUGGAAGAAUAUUUUCUACCCAGGAUAAUUCAGGAAGUAACAGGACAGGAGACUGUUCCUUUUGGGGAUGCAGUGCUAGCAACCGAAGAUACCUGCUUAGGGACAGAAAUAUGUGAAGAACUCUGGGCACCAAACAGCCCUCAUAUUGAAAUGGGACUUGAUGGGGUGGAAAUUUUCACUAACUCUUCAGGGAGUCAUCACGUGCUGCGGAAGGCUCACACCCGGGUGGAUUUGGUGAAUUCUGCCACAGCAAAGAAUGGUGGAAUCUAUAUUUUGGCUAACCAGAAGGGCUGUGAUGGUGAUCGUCUGUAUUACGACGGGUGUGCCAUGAUUUCUGUGAAUGGGGACACGGUUGCACAAGGAUCCCAGUUUUCUCUUGAUGAUGUGGAAGUGCUGGUUGCCACCCUGGAUUUAGAGGAUGUCCGAAGUUACAGAGCAGAGAUUUCAUCUCGUAACUUAGCGGCAAGUAAAGUGUGUCCCUAUCCCCGGAUAAAAGUGAAUUUCUCACUGUCAUGUUCUGAUGAUGUGGCUGUACCUGCGUAUGUUCCAAUUCAGUGGAGACAUCAUAGUCCUGAGGAGGAGAUCAGCCUUGGCCCUGCAUGUUGGCUUUGGGACUUCUUAAGGCGCAGCAAACAGGCAGGAUUUUUUCUACCUCUUAGUGGUGGAAUUGACAGCUCUGCUACAGCUUGCAUAGGAUAUUCCAUGUGUCACCAGGUUUGCCUGGCAGUCAAGAAUGGAAAUGCAGAGGUGCUGGCUGAUGCACGCAGGAUUGUGAAUGAUGAGACCUACGUCCCGGAAGACCCUCGAGAGUUCUGCAGGCGCAUCUUCACCACUUGCUAUAUGGCCAGUGAGAACUCCACCCAGGAAACCUGCAACAGGGCUAAACUUCUGGCUGAGCAAAUAGGCAGCUAUCACAUCAGUCUGAACAUAGAUGCGGCUGUGAAAGCUAUUGUGGGAAUUUUCAGCAUGGUGACAGGCCGAAGUCCCCGUUUUUCUGCCUACGGAGGGAGCAGCAGAGAAAAUCUGGCACUCCAGAACGUGCAGGCUAGAAUAAGAAUGGUUCUUGCCUAUCUCUUUGCUCAACUGACCCUUUGGACUCGUGGGAUGCCAGGGGGACUUCUGGUGCUAGGAUCAUCCAAUGUGGACGAAGGUCUCCGAGGAUACUUGACAAAGUAUGACUGUUCAAGUGCCGAUAUCAACCCAAUUGGUGGAAUCAGCAAGACUGAUCUGAAGAGCUUCAUACAAUAUUGCAUUGAAAACUUUCAGCUCACAUCCCUCAGGAGCAUCAUGUCAGCUCCUCCUACUGCAGAGUUGGAGCCCUUGGUGGAUGGACAAUUGUCUCAAACUGAUGAGGUAGAUAUGGGGAUGACAUAUGCAGAGCUCUCCAUCUAUGGCAAAUUAAGAAAAAUUGCAAAGGCGGGACCUUACAGUAUGUUCUGUAAACUGAUUAGUAUCUGGAAGGAGAUCUGUACUCCAAGAGAGGUGGCAUCAAAGGUUAAGCAUUUCUUCAGGAUGUAUUCCAUUAACAGACAUAAAAUGACCACUCUCACUCCUGCCUACCAUGCUGAAAACUACAGUCCUGAUGACAACCGGUUUGACUUGAGGCCUUUCCUUUAUAACACUACCUGGUCCUGGCAAUUUAGGUGUAUAGAUAAACAGGUGCUUGAUCUAGAAAGCAAGGAAGGAGCAUCUCAUGCUGAAGAUGUGGACUAA